UUCCAGAUCAUGUUCGCUAUUACUCUUAUGAGUAUAAAGAAAUUUCUAUGGGUCAAAAUGAUUGCUGUACAGAAAAGUUAUUUGGAAAUAUACAACCGGAGUCAAACAAUAUUUUAAUAUUAAAUUCGAGAGUUGUGGUGAAAUUAAAAAUUUUACCUAAAUUUGAUACAUCAAAAUCAUUUGUCAAAUUUAGUGUAUUAAUUUGGUCAUCUGAUAGAUUUAAAAAAUCAUCAGAAGCUAUAUCAGGAAAUAUGUUCGUAUCGGAAUUUGUUGGAAUGAGACCGUAUGGUAUGUUACGUGAAGGACAUCAUGUUAUUGAGACAUAUUGUGUCGACUUAAAUGGUAAUAAGCCGUAUCAAAUUAUUUCCCAUGACGAUUCUAUGUCAGGGCAUAAAAUAAUUUCUGAUAACGAUGAUUCAGUUCUUUCAGAUAGACAUUUUGAUGGACCAAAUUAUUUUAUUACUUUAUUUUUAGAUGAUUUUUAUAAUUCUAGAUACGCUGAUUUAGUUAGUGCACAAAUUUAUCAUGAAUGUUCAUACAUAAAUG